ACAAUUUCAAAAAAUCAAAUUAAUUAAAAUCUCUCUCUGAAUCAGAUAAAAAGAAAAGGGGGGAAAAAUGGCCGCCAUCGCUGAAAUGCCCAAUGUAGCCGACCCAGCACCAACGAAAAAGGCGAGAUCCAGAAAAGCACUGAAGCAGAAAACCGCAUCGACGAACGAGGCCAACAUAGUGGCCGAAACCCUAGCCGAAUCCUCCCCCGCCGCCGCCGCCCUACUGCCGGAAGCCAUCGCUGGAAAGGAGAAUCACGAGAGCCUGUCGAAGAAAACUAAAAAAGGUGCUGCGAAGGGGAAGAAGCAGCAGCAACAGGCCCCCGAGGUAUCUUCCUUCGAGAAGGAAUUGCAGGAAAUGCAAGAGCAGCUCGAGAAAUUGAAGAUCGAGAAGGAGCAGACGGAGGAGGCGUUGAAGGCCAGAGAGGAAACCCUAAAGCAGAAGGAGGAAGAAAUCGAGACUCGGGACCGCGAACAGGAGAAACUCAAAAUCGAACUCAAGAAAUUGCAGAAGAUGAAGGAAUUCAAACCCACAGUGACAUUUCCAUUUGGUCUCUCGGUGAAAGACCAAGAGCAAGAUAAGAAAGACAAAAAGAAGAAUUCCACUAAAAAGCCAUCCCCUCCAUAUGUAUUGUGGUGCAAAGACCAGUGGAAUGAGGUGAAGAAAGCGAAUCCUGAUGCCGAUUUCAAGGAGAUGUCGAAUUUGAUAGCAACAAAAUGGAAAACAGUCACUGCAGAAGAAAAAAAGCCAUAUGAAGAGAAAUACCAAGCUGAGAAAGAAGCCUAUUUGAAAAUCGUUGGAAACGAGAAGCGCGAGCACGAAGCAAUGAGGCUAUUUGAGGAUGAGCACAAGCAGAAGACUGCUAUGGAGUUGCUCGAACAGUAUCUGCAGUUCUUACAGGAGGCAGACAAGAAGGAUACCAAGAAAGCAAAGAAGGAGAAAGAUCCCUUGAAACCGAAGCAACCAAUGUCGGCCUAUUUCAUUUUCUCGAACGAGCGAAGAGCUGCACUUGUUGCGGAGAACAAGAAUGUUGUUGAGAUUGCGAAAAUCACAGGCGAGGAGUGGAAGAACAUGACGGACAAACAAAAAUCGCCGUACGAAAAGAGGGCAAUGAAAAACAAAGAGCAGUACGCGAGAGAAAUGGAAGCGUACAAGCAGAAGAAAGACGAAGAAACCGCAGACAUGAAGAAAGAAGAGGAGGAGCUAAUGAAACUUCAGAAGCAAGAAGCUAUGCAGUUGCUCAAAAAGAAGGAAAAAACAGAAACCAUGAUUAAGAAAACCAAAGAGACCCUACAAAAGCAGAAGAAGGAAAAGAAGAUAACUGAUCCCAACAAACCAAAGAAACCUGCUUCUUCAUUCCUUAUUUUCAGCAAAGAGACGAGGAAGAAUUUAGCGGAAGAGCGACCCGGGACGAACAAUUCGACCGUCAGUGCUCUGAUUUCGCUAAAGUGGAAGGAAAUGAGUGAAGAAGAUAAACAAGUUUGGAAUAGUAAAGCUGCAGAAGCAAUGGAGGUGUACAAGAAAGAAUUGGAAGAGUACAACAAGAAAGUUGUUGCAGAAGAAGAAGCAGCUGCAGCCCUUAUGAACAAGGACAAUUAAUUAGAUAUAUCAAGUGAUUUUCUGAACAAUUGUUCAACUGGGAUCAUGUUGAACAUGUAGUAGAUUUGGGUUUUUUUUUUUUUUUUUUUUUUUUUUUUUUUUUCAAUUGUCUGAUUUAGGGUUGCAGUUGGACUUAAUCGAGAGUAGCUACUAAUGCUGAUUUUCUUUAGAUAUUUGAAAUGCAAAUUGAAAUUCACUUCUCA